AUCACUGUUCUAUGAAUUUAUCGCAUUCAAAAAGUUAUGGCAAUGUAAAUUCACCAAUAUCAAAUGCGUUGUUUUGUGAAUUUGGCUCUCUUAUUUUUCCUAUAAUUCUAUUGUAGCUUUAAAAUGUAUUAGGCAAUAGGCAUGGAAGAAUUCUAUAAUCGCUAUCUCCGUGCUUGCAAAGAAUGCAACGUCAGUCCUUUGGAAUGUGUUGAUUCUCAAAUGCAGCUUCACAACAAGGAUGGCGAGAGAAUUCUCGAUUUGUCAUCUUGUAGCCUUUCUCCGGAAGAUUGUUUUGCACUAGCAAAAACAUUUGCGCUCGAUACGUUCUUCAAAGAUGUGCGUUUCACCGACUGCCUGUUGAACGAGGAUUCGUCUAAGAUACUCUUGUGUGGCUUCUUCCACACAAAAUCCUUAAAAAACUUGGACCUCAAGGGGAAUAAUUUACGAAGCUCUGGUGCAGAAAUCGUUGGCCUGUUUCUCACCAAAAAUACGUCGGUUCGAUGCUUGCGUUUGGAUUGGAACUCUUUGGGACUUUGGGGUAGUGGACUUGGCAAGUUGGCAGAGGGUUUGGUUAUAAAUGAAACGUUGCUCGUGCUGGAUCUGAGGAAUAAUCAAAUAUCUCAUCAUGGUGCGAAGGAAUUGGCUUUGGCACUCAAAAGCAAUUCAACAUUAAAGGCACUUGACUUGCGGUGGAAUAAUGCUGGUCUCCUUGGUGCUCGUGCUUUCCUAUCAGCUUUGCAGUAUAACAAGUCGUUGACCACCUUGGAAUUGCAAGGAAACAAUGUGCCUCAAGAUAUUGUAAAGGCCAUCACUGUUGCAUUAAAUUUGAAUGCUGAGAGGGAAAGUGCAAGAAACGAGGAGGCAAUGAGGACGGACAAGAUGAUGAAAACCAUUGAAAAAUUGAAUUUGAAAAUACAAUGCAGGUUUCCAUGUUGCAAAAAAAACUUGACGCACAAGGAAAAGAAAACGAAGAGCUGUCGAAAUCAAGUAGCGACAGAAUAAAUCUAUUGAAGAAAUCUUUGAAAGAAAGUGAAGCAUCUUUUAAUGAGAUUUCAGCGCAGGUGGAGUCUUUGAAGAAUGAAACAGCGAUCAAAGACAACAAGAUAUCAACCUUGGAAAAAUCAUUGAUUGAUGUUAGAAACGAGCUUUCUUCGGAGAAGGCUCAGCGCACGGCCAUAGAAAGCGAUUUUCAAAGAUUAAAGGAAGAAAAGUCAAAGCUUGAUAUUACACUUGCCGAACUGAAGGAACACAAACUCGCUUCUAAAGAUUCAAUU